GAUGGUGGCGCUGCUUGAAUUUCGAGAAGAAGGAGAACCAAAGGGUGGCCUGCAGUGAUAAACGACAUUAGCUAAGUUAUUUUAUGUAAAGGGGGAAAAUAAAUUACAUUUCAAUUCAUUUAGACACCCGUCGUGAGGUUUGUUGGAAUCCAAAGUCCAUUCAUGUUCUGACUGUCAGGAUUGGAUUAAAAGACGUGGACAUGUCGGGAGCAUGUCAAGACAGACGGAGUCGCUGGCAGGAGAUUCAGAAAGGCCUGCAGUUCAUUCAGUCAACCCUCCCUUUUCCGGGAAGUCAAGAACAGUAUGAGGUGUUCAUUAAGGAUCUUGUAUGGAAUCUUUUUGGAGAAGGAAAUGAUGUAUUUAAAGAAGGAGAUUGGACUAAAUCCAUUGAAAUGUACACAGAAGCCUUGAGUAUUGCAGAGUACGCUGACUCCGAAGAGAUCUGUGUUCCGACAAGAUUAUUGGAAAAACUGUAUGCAAACCGAGCUGCAGCAUACUUGAACGUUGUUCCUGGUCUGUAUGACCAAGCAUUAGAAGAUUGUGAGAAGGCUCUUCAUUUGAACGACGGAAACUACAAAGCACUGUAUCGAAAAGCAAAAUCUUUGAAGGAGAUGGGGAGACAUCAAGAGGCCUAUGAGGCCGUUGCCAAAUGUUCCCUCGCAGUGCCUCAAGAUCCCAGUGUUAUACAGCUGACUCAGGACCUUGCCAAAAUAUUAGGAUUGAAAAUUCGUAAAGCCUAUGUAAGGAGUAAGCCUGCUUUGAAUGCCUUGCGUGGAUCAAACUAUCAAGAUGCAUCAUCUGACAAAUUUUCUCACGACUCUUCAGUUGAAGAAAUAGAAAUUGAAGUCCCCCAUGUGAUCCAGGAUGGCAGUGUUCUGGUUCAAGGCCCAGCCCCAGUUCAAGUUCCAGUAGCAGUGCAUCCACCACUAAAUGAUGUGGUUGUGGCGGAUGAAGUUCCUAUCAAAAACAGCAUCGCAUCUGUACCCCCAUCGGAGCCACCGGGCUUUGAGUCUGUACCUUUGCCUGUGUCUACACCUGAUUUAGUUCCCCUAAAUGUGCCCACAUUUGUGAAUGGAUGCAGAACCAGCAACCCUCGUGUAUUGCUUGAUACCAGUCAAGAUUUUGAUGCAGACAUCAUUGGGGAUGACCUUGAUGAUCUACUGGACCAAGCAGGCCCUGAAUCAGUCAUGGGUAUUCCCACAGUGAAGGGGCCUCUUCCUUUACCAACCAGUAUUGCCUCUGGCAGUUCUUUGUCAAGUCCAUUCCUAAUGCCAUCUCAUAUCAACCCAUUUCUGCAUGGUCCCCAGCAGUGCACUGUAAAUCUGCCCCCUUUAUAUCACAAGUCAGGGUCAAGUGCAUAUUUUGGUAUAGACACUUUUGACACCCUGGCCCCACCAUUGGAUUCACUGGAUAGUCUCUCCAUGUCAGAGUUCAAAACUGAUUUUCCUCAGGCUCCAUUUAUUACACAGAUGAACAAUACAGACAGUCCCAUGGGAAUGGCUGUCGGCAUGCCGAAUGUGAAGGGCUUUCCUGCUGCCGCCGAUUUGUCGCUGGGCCCGACUGGUAUAGAUUUGGCUAAGAAUCCUUUAGCUGAAACGCAUGAAUUCAGACAAGCAUGCUCGAUCUGCUUCGUGAAAACUGGGCCUGGUGUGUUGGAUUACACACUUCACACUGAAGAUCAUAAAUGCAAAAAGGAUGCUUUACUUGGCAGAAUAAAGCACUCUGCAGACAAAACAUGGAAGCUCAUUCGCCCCAGACCAACAAAAACGCAAUAUGUUGGACCUUAUUACAUUUGCAAAGAGGUGGCUGUUGGAAAGGAGUGCCUGUAUCCCGGUCACUGCACAUUUGCAUACUGCCAGGAAGAGAUUGAUGUUUGGACUCUAGAGCGAAAAGGGUUUAUCUCCAGGGAGCUACUUUUUGAUCCUUUUGGGCACAGUGCCAAUGUGAGGUUGAAUAUCCCAAAGAUCUUGCAGGAGCAUCAUGGGAUAUUCAUGUUUCUCUGUGGAGUGUGUUUUGAUCACAAACCCAGAAUAAUCAGCAAAACCAACAAAGAUGAUCCUUCACGUUGCUCCCAUCCAGUGACAAAGCACGACUUUGAAGAGCAUAAGUGCCUGGUUCACAUUUUGAAGGAGAACACAGUGCGCUAUUCCAAAAUCAGACCUUUGAGUCCCCUGUGCCAAUUGGACCUUUGUCGCCAUGAAGUUCGUUAUGGCUGCGUGAGAGAAGAUGACUGUUUCUAUGCCCACAGUCUCGUUGAACUGAAGGUUUGGAUGCUGCAGCAUGAACUUGGCAUCACCCAUGAAAGUAUUGUCCAGGAGGCAAAGAAGUAUUGGAAUUCAGCAGCUGCUUUGCAAGGAAACCAGCUUUCUAGCACACAGAGAAGGUUUGGACCUCCAAAUAUGAAGCUGAUGUUCGUUUGUGGUCAGUGUUGGAGAAAUGGCCAACUGAGUGAAGCUGACAAGAACAAAAAGUAUUGCUUAGCCAAGGCCAGACACACGUGGGCAAAAGACAAGAGAGUUGUGCUUGCAACUUCUCUUGAAAGGAAAAAGUGGGCGGCGAUUCGACCCCUUCCAACCAAGAAGCCCAUCCCAUCUCAAUUUGAGAUUUGCAUGCAUGUGACAGCUGGCAAGAAGUGUCAAUACAUCGGGAACUGCACCUUUGCUCACAGCGUAGAAGAAAGAGACCUUUGGGGCUACAUGAAGGAAAACAACAUUCCAGAUAUGGAUCAGCUGUACGAGAUGUGGCUUCAGUCUCAGAAGCCUGGCUGGGGCGAAGAAUCUUCCAGUAACUCUGUUCGUGAGAACGGCAAGCAGAUCCACAUGCCGACAGACUAUGCUGAGGAAGUGGCUGGUAAUCACUGUUGGCUGUGCGGUAAAAACUGCAAUAGUGAGAAGCAGUGGCAGCAGCAUAUCACUUCAGAAAAACACAAGGAGCGAGUUUUCAACUCUGAGGAUGAUCAGAACUGCUGGCAGUAUCGAUUUCCCACGGGCACUUUUAAAGUUUGCGAGCGGUUCCUCAAAGGCACGUGCACGGAGGAGGACUUGUGUAAGCUGGCCCAUGGGGAGCAGGAACUAAAAGAGUGGCUGGAACGCCGUGAAUUCCUUUUGAUGAAACUUGCCAAAGCCAGAAAAGACCAUCUUAUAGCACCGAACGACAAUGACUUUGGAAAAUACAGUUUUCUGCUUAAAGACAUUAAGUAAAUGACGUAGACAUGAUCCCUGACAAAGAAAGCAGUAUUGUGUGGCACAAACAGUCUUGAGACGGGGGUGAUCCUUCAGGUCCCACGUGGAAGGAGGGAAACACCCUGAUCUCACAGCAUGAUUUUACUGAAGGGCUCUCCGACCCCGCCCUCUGAUUGGUGGUUGGUUUACUCUGUAAAGGCGUGUUACUGUUAACAGUGAAUGUUACAUGGGACAUUCCUGGAGCUUUGCUAUGCACCUUUCAGAAUAACUGAAACUGGUGAUGAAAAUAGCAUGUGUAAACCUCAAUCAGAGACACGAUCAGAUACUUAUAAAAUUCAAUUCUUAAGCAGGUUCUGUGUUAAUGACCUUUACCCUUCAGUAAGUUUUAAGUAUGAGAUACUUAAAAAAAAAAAAUCAAGUGUUGAGUUAACAUUAUCUUAUUUUAAAUUGUCAACAUUUUCAAUUUACAUUUGUGUAAUAGUGUUACCAGUGUAUUGGGCACCAACCAAAUAAAGGAUUUUUUUUAAAACUGA